AUGAUCGGCCUCAAGGGCACUCUCAAUGUCAUAGACAACUCCGGCGCGCUCAUCAUCGAGUGCGUCAACGUCCUCAAGCAAAAGGUUAACAACGGCUGGGGCUCCGUCGGCGACGAGAUCGUCUGCGUCGUCAAGCGCGCGCGCAACAUCCCCGGCGCCGCCGCGAACGCGCCCCGCGUCCGCCAGGGCGACGUCCGCCGUGCGGUCAUCGUCCGCACCCGGAAGGCCGUCCGCCGCGCGGACGGCACCUACAUCCGCUUCGACGACAACGCCGCAGUGCUCCUAAACAACAAGCGCGAGAUGCUCGGGACACGCAUCGGCGGCGUCGUCAGCGCGGACCUGCGCAUGAAGGGGUGGGGGAAGAUCGUCUCGCUGGCUCCGAAGGUUAUAUGA